AUGACGACCCACGCCCCAAUAAACGGCAUCAAGAUAAAUCCCAUCGACGACCCCCGCAAGGUCGUCAAGGUCGAGGCCUCCGACGGCAAGUCCGGAGAGCUCCGUGACGUCUCCUACACCAACUGCAAGGUCAUCGGAAACGGCUCCUUCGGCGUCGUCUUCCAGGCAAAGCUCGUCUCGGGCCCGGAUGAUGGUCAGGAUAUUGCCAUCAAGAAGGUCCUGCAGGACAAGCGAUUCAAGAAUCGUGAAUUGCAGAUCAUGAGACUCGUUUCCCACCCGAAUGUAGUCGACCUCAAAGCCUUCUUUUAUUCCAACGGCGACAAGAAAGACGAAGUGUAUCUCAACCUAGUGCUCGAAUAUGUCCCCGAAACAGUCUAUCGUGCCAGCCGCCACUAUGCGAAACUCAAGCAGCCCAUGCCCAUCCUCCAAAUCAAACUCUACAUGUAUCAGCUCCUGCGCUCGCUCGCCUACAUCCACUCCGUCGGCAUUUGCCACCGCGACAUCAAGCCACAGAACCUGCUCUUGAACCCGGCAACAGGGGUCCUCAAGCUAUGCGACUUUGGCUCCGCCAAAAUUCUCGUCCCGAGGGAGCCCAACGUCAGUUAUAUCUGCUCGAGGUACUAUCGUGCGCCGGAGUUGAUCUUUGGGGCGACGAACUACACCACCAACAUCGACAUCUGGUCGACAGGCUGCGUCAUGGCCGAGUUGAUGCUCGGCCUGCCGCUCUUCCCCGGUGAGAGUGGCAUCGACCAGCUCGUGGAGAUCAUCAAAGUCCUGGGGACGCCCACGCGGGAGCAGAUCAAGACGAUGAACCCGAACUACAUGGAACACAAGUUCCCGCAAAUCAAGGCCCACCCGUUUUCAAAAGUGUUCCGGCCCCGCACGGCGCCAGAGGCGAUCGACCUCGUGUCAAAAGUGUUGGAGUACACCCCCGAGGCGCGGUUGAGCGCGGUGGAGGCGAUGGUGCACCCCUUCUUCGACGAGUUGCGGAUGGAGGGCGCGAAGAUGCCGAACGGGAAGGACUUUCCUCCGCUCUUCGACUUUACUCGAGAGGAGCUGUCCGUGCUCCCAGAUCUGAUCCACAAGCUCGUGCCACCACAUUGCGAGCCGGAGCUGCGCUCACGGGGGAUCGAUAUCAACAACUUCGUGCCGAUACCAUUGGAGCAGAUGAGGAUCACGUUGGACUGA